AUGCCCGAGACGCACGCCAUGGACCCGACAGUAGGCACAGCCCCGGAUCCGUCGCAGUCGCCGACGCAGAGCAACGAAGACCGAAGCUACGAUCGGUUCGAAGAUCCCGAAUCGCUGCCUCCGUUCAUCCUGGGCGCGCUGGCCGCUGGGGAUCCGCCCGGGGAUGACGAGCUUCUGCCGGACCGGUCGCUCGACGAGGAAGACAGCGGUGCUGUUCGGUUCAGCCUCUACUCGGUGGGGCUGUACUCGGAGGAGUCGCCGCCGGCCAGUGACGUCGACCGGUCGGAGAACAGGCGCUCGCACUUUUUUGCUGCCAGCGAGGACGACAAGAACGACAAGUUUGCAUCAGCAGCUGCUCGAAUGCCACAGACGCCACGUGCGCCCAGCAAGAACCCGUUUGCCGGACAAUAUCAGACGCCGCUGCUGGCCGGCUCCCAGCUCUUUGCCCAGACGCCCUUCUCGACGGCCUUCCAGCAGGGCAGCCCGACAUCGUCACGUCCGUCUCCUUCAGGUUAUCCCGCACCAGCCACCACGCCGCGGGCCCCCGUGUCUUCCUCGCUCAAGCCUCGAUUCCCGGCGUCCAGCGUCGGAGACGAGACGCCGGUCCUACUCUGCCCGCUAACGACGUCGUCACAACCCGGCGACAGCCCUCGGCCAUCUCCGAUUCCGCAGUCCAGCCCAGUGCGGCCGAAGAGGAGAGCACACGGGCCCAUCUCCGAGUACGAGCCGAUGCGGGAGUCGCAGAGGAGAAGGGAGGCGUCCGAACGAUGCUUCCGCCGGGACGACGACGACUUUGGGUCCAGCUCAGACGACGACGUCCAAGACGUCAGCCUGAAGCGCCGUAGACUCGCCGCUUACAAGCGGGAGGCAGGUGCCAGAACACUGUCGACCAUCAACAUGAGCCGGCCGUCGUUCAGAGAGGACGCGGUGGAGGUGCCGGCGUCGAGGUCCAAGGACAAGUCUUUGGAAGGAGGCCCUCCAGCAACGGCAGAGCCCGGUGAUCCCCAGAGCGAAGAUUUCGAAGAGGUCGAGUUCCCUCAGUCCAUGAUCGACCAAUACUCGGCACGACCUCCUCCGAUCGCCAAGACCCCGUCGUCGUCCGUUCCCUCGCUGCCAGCCAUCGCGUUGACAAUGGCCAAAGAUGCCAAGGCCAAUCCGACUCUAUUCCGGACGAGCAGUCUUAACGAGACAGAAGCUAUCCCAGAGACAAGUCCGGUGGGCAGAAAAUCAAGGCCCACCCAAAUGGCAUCGAGUGGGGACUAUCCGCAGCCUCGCGCAGAAAUGACCCCACAGCAUGUAGCUGGCUCUUCAGCACAAACUGCGAUUUUGAUACAAACCCCAUUGCCUAUCUCACAGCGGGCAGCGGUGCCACCACAGACAAGAGGACGGGGGGCCAAUACGGUCAUCCUGUCCGACGUUCCAGAACAUGAGUUUUCCGCAGAACAGCAGGAAGUGCAGAGAACACCCCCAGCACGGGCGUCUUUACAACAAACUCCGGACCAAGAACUCGAUCAUGCAACAGCCGGCCGAUCCUCACCACCAGCUCUGCCACCAGCCUUCAGCACCCGAGCCUGGUCCAGGAGGGCGACGGGCGACGCUGUUGCGACGAAAGCAAAGCGGCCUUCAUUGACCGUGUCGACGUCAUCGAGGGACAGUUCCGUAUCUACGAUGAGCAGUCUGUCUUCGACGCCAUCCCUGCCCUCGCGCGAGGCAACUCCUACAACAGCGAACACAACAGCGAACGAGAGCGACUUGUCUGCUUGCAAGUCAGACAGGAAAGCGGAUACUGCUGCCACGACUGCUGCUUCUGCCACUGGGGACGAAUAUUCAUCACCUCCGCUGCCGGUGUCACGAUUGCCCUUCCGGCGGCAGCGAUCCAAGAUAUCAAGGUCAAAAGCAGGCUCUACGGGCUCAUUAGGCAGGCCACGGACAGCGUCCCGGAGACAGGAGUCGCCCCUGCUCUCGGGGUCCACGGAUGAACUCGCACAGUCGCCAGGUUCUGUAGGGUCCAGGGCGAGAAGAUCUGGCGGACGGUUUGUGUCUCUGAAGCCGACGAGUGGUCUGUUUAGCGCGGGAGCAGGAGCCCGGAUCUUUGAGGGCAUGGUGUUUGCCAUCUCGUUCCAGUCCCAGCGGCCGGACGAGAGCGCGGAGAACUGUGAGGAGCGAACGAGACAGGCGCAGACGCUGCGACGAAAAAUCGAAGAGGCCGGGGGGCGAGUGCUGCAGGACGGCUUCGACGAGCUGUUCAAGGUGCGGCCGGUGAUGACAGCGACGCCUACGGCAGAGACGACCGGCGAGGACUUGCAGCUGGUGGCAUCGGCAGCCGACACGGGCUUCACCGCGCUGAUCGCAGACGGACACUCGCGCAAGGCCAAGUACAUGCAGGCGUUGGCGUUGGGGCUGCCGUGUCUGGCAGUGCGGUGGGCGACGACGUGUCUGGAGCGCGGCCGCGUGGUCGACUGGGCGCCGUAUCUGCUGUGCGCGGGCCCGUCGGUCUUUCUGGGCGACGCGAUCCGGUCGCGGGCGAUGCCAGCACAGCAGACCGCGACCGACGUCUCACUGGCGGCCAUCGUCCACAGCCGGCCGCGAUUGCUGGAUCACGUGACCAUUCUUCUGGUGCUGCGCAAGCGUGAAGACCCGCGGCGCAUGCCGUACGUCUUUCUGGCACAGGUGCUCGGAGCAGCCCUGACGCGUGUGCACGGACUCGAGGAGGCGCGCGAGCAGCUGCUGGCCAUGGAGGACGCCGGCCGGCCGUACGACUGGGUGUACGAGGACGGCCGAGCCGGAGGUGGUGCAGACUUGUUUCAGAGCCUCGCAGCGGCCGGAAGGAAGCGCAAGCGACCCAGCAGUGGCACUGCCGGCAGCUUGGCUGCGCGCAUGCCCAGGCGGGUCGCCAUGCUGAGCAACGAGCGCGUCAUCCAGAGCCUCAUCUUUGGCCGGCUGAUCGAGGAGGACGAGAUGGCCAUGUAG